CCCGCCCGCCCGGCUCGGCGCAGCUCGGGACAGGUAGACGCAGCCGGGCCCCGGACGCGCGCGGGCCCGCAGCAGCCGCCCCACUUCGCCUCGGCCCUGCGCAGAGCCUCGCGCGCCCAUGGCCGGCUCCGAGCAGCAGCGGCCGCGGCGGCGGGACGACGGAGACUCGGCCGCGGCGCCCCUGCAGGACGCGGAGCUGGCCUUGGCCGGCAUCAACAUGCUGCUGAACAACGGCUUUAGAGAGUCGGACCAGCUUUUCAAACAAUACAGACAUCAUAGCCCCCUGAUGAGUUUCGGAGCCAGCUUCGUCAGUUUUUUGAAUGCCAUGAUGACAUUUGAGGAAGAAAAAAUGCAGUUGGCAUGUGAUGACUUAAAAACUACAGAAAAGCUGUGUGAAAGCGAGGAGGCUGGAGUAAUUGAAACAAUCAAGAAUAAAAUUAAGAAGAAUGUCGAUGUCCGAAAAUCCACCCCUUCCAUGGUUGAUCGACUUCAGAGGCAGAUAAUCAUAGCCGACUGUCAAGUUUACCUGGCUGUGCUCUCGUUUGUAAAACAAGAAUUGUCAGCAUAUAUCAAAGGUGGGUGGAUCCUUAGGAAAGCCUGGAAGAUUUACAACAAAUGCUAUCUGGACAUCAAUGCCCUCCAGGAACUGUAUCAGAAGAAGCUUACGGAAGAGCCCUUGACCUCUGAUGCUGCGAAUGAUAAUCAUAUUGUGACUGAAGGGGUGUCCGAGGAGUCUCUAAACAGACUGAAGGGUGCUGUUAGCUUUGGAUAUGGCCUUUUCCACCUCUGCAUAUCCAUGGUGCCCCCAAACCUGCUCAAAAUCAUCAACCUGCUGGGUUUUCCAGGAGACCGCCUGCAGGGCCUUUCUUCACUGAUGUAUGCGAGCGAAAGUAAGGACAUGAAGGCCCCUUUAGCUACAUUAGCUCUGCUCUGGUACCACACUGUAGUCCGCCCGUUCUUUGCCUUGGACGGCAGUGAUAACAAAGCAGGCCUGGAUGAAGCGAAGGAAAUUCUUCUCAAAAAAGAAGCUGCUUAUCCAAAUUCUUCCCUCUUCAUGUUUUUCAAGGGACGCAUACAACGAUUAGAGUGUCAAAUCAACAGUGCCUUGACUUCCUUCCACACUGCUUUGGAACUGGCAGUGGACCAGAGAGAAAUCCAGCACGUCUGUCUGUAUGAAAUCGGUUGGUGCAGCAUGAUAGAGCUGAAUUUCAAGGAUGCGUUUGAUUCCUUUGAGAGGCUAAAAAAUGAGUCCAGGUGGUCCCAGUGCUAUUAUGCCUACUUAACUGCGGUCUGUCAGGGAGCCACCGGUGAUGUGGAUGGGGCACAGAUUGUCUUUAAAGAAGUUCAGAAGCUCUUCAAAAGGAAAAACAAUCAGAUUGAACAGUUCUCAGUGAAAAAGGCCGAGAGGUUCCGGAAGCAGACGCCCACCCGGGCGCUCUGCGUGCUGGCGUCCAUCGAAGUGCUGUAUCUGUGGAAGGCCCUCCCCAACUGCUCCUUCGCCAACCUGCAGAGGAUGAGUCAAGCUUGCCAAGCAGUGGAUGAUUCAUCUGUCGUCGGAUUAAAGUAUUUGCUUCUCGGUGCCAUACACAAAUGUCUGGGAAACUCAGAAGAUGCUGUUCAGUUCUUUCAGCGAGCUGUUAAAGAUGAGUUGUGUCGUCAGAAUAAUUUAUACGUUCAGCCGUAUGCUUGCUAUGAACUUGGCUGUCUUCUAUUAGACAAACCAGAGACUGCAGCAAGAGGCAGAACCCUACUUCUUCAAGCAAAGGAGGACUUCUCUGGCUACGACUUUGAGAACAGACUGCAUGUCCGCAUCCAUGCCGCCCUGGCCUCUCUGAGGGAGCUGGCUCCUCAGUGACGGACCCCGGGUUCCUCUCCGCCUCUUCCCACCUGGGUUCCGCACUUUAAAACAAAAGCAGAGGACACGUGAAGACCGGCUUUUCAUUUGAAAACCACCUGUGCCAGGGACACAUAUUCCCCGUUAGGCUGACAUAGUAAAGAUCUAGCUAAAAAGUAACAAUAAUGAUGAUAAUAGUAAUUACGACUCACCACCUGGGGAGAGGGUUAAGUGCCCUUGUUCAAACAUUUUAGUUUUGUGACUUAUUAUUUUUAAAAUAAAAUCCAGCUAAAUAUUCAA